CUUCAAGAAAGUAUCGGCUGCCGUGAGGUUUCCCCUACCUUCAUUGUCUGCCCGGAAAAUGCUAGCAAGUUUCCAUGUUUUCAAGACAAGUUUUUGUUUUUGUUUUUUUUCUCCUCUAUUCUCGACAUUUCUUCUUUUUCUGUACUUAUAAUAUCCUUCAAAGAUAAGAUUAAGGAAGUCUAUAUUUAGUACUGCUUGUUUUCUUUUCAAACAUAAAAUGUCUGGCGAUUUCCAACGUGUUAGUGAAUGGAUAAGAAACAGCAUAUUGCAAUAUUCACUACUGCAAGCAUUCCAUGGCUGACUGGAACUGCUAUCAACCCUUUGUUUCGUGCUGCCUAUCUUGCCAAAGAUGGAGAGAGGAAGGUCACUCUGGUUGUCCCUUGGGUGCCUUUGAAAGACCAACAACACUUGUUUCCCAAGAACAUCACAUUUACUAAUCCUUAUGAGCAACAAAACUAUGCCCUCCAGUGGGUUGAAGAGAGGACUGGAUUCAAAUCAAAUUUCAGGAUACGUUUUUAUCCUGCAAAAUUCUAUCUAGAGAAAAGGAGCAUUCUUGGAUUAUCAAUGCAACUCUCAAGGCAUUGUCCGAGCAACCCGCCCCCCUGACUGACAAACAAAAACAUGAGCUUUCAUGGGAUGCUGCAACAGCACGGUUUCUGCAGGCGGCACAGCUAGACAAUAAUGUACCAAAGCAGAAACAACCUAAGACAAGCUCAAAGUCCAUUAGUUUACACAGUCAUCUUGAGAGCGCAUCAGCGUUUGUACAUUACAUCGGAACUGGAUUGCUAUAUUCACCACCAAAUGAAGAGCAAUGCAGAGAGCUUGGAUUGCCUGUUCCUUCCAAGAAAUGGAGACUUCUUCCUUCUGCAACAUGAAUUUGACUUACUUUGGCUUGUAGAUUGGCAUGAAUGACAAUUAUGAUUAAGAAUGGGCACAAUAUGUGAUA